CGCGCACACUUUCCCUUAGCUGUGCUUUUGUGUUUUGUCAGAAUUAAUGAGAAAAGUUCCCUUGCCCUAGGGGUAAUUAGUGUCCUUGGAGUUAAAUAAGCUAAUACUUAGACACCUCUGGCACAAGCAAUUAUGUUUGUGUAUUGAAUAAUUGAUUCAAAGAGGGGGGAAGGGCCGCUAAUCAGAUCUGAGCAUAAUGAAUUGAUUUAAUUAACAGGGGAAUCGAAUCCGAGGGUCUCUGGGAACUGCGCACAUUUAUUCAGUAGCAAGAGCGAGAGCAGCACACAUAAAUUGGGAGGGAUAGGCAGUGUGAGUAUGCUUUUAGCAGUUGUCGGGUCUACAAUUGGAUUUCUUGAAUAUAGUUACAGUUACGGAGCAAAUGAGAGCAGGGGAACGGAGAACGCUUCACUGUACGGACAACUCGGCAGUUUAAUAUACCGAUAGGCAUUUGAAAAGCUCACUGCGGACGAAUUCAAGUCGAAUGUUAUCUUUUGCAAUUCCUACUGCUUCGUAUGGAAUACAUCGACGCGACUCGAUCUUGUUUAGACGUUUUUAAUUGCAGUUACAGUUCAGUCCGUGCCGCGGACAUUUACUCCGUGUGUGAGGGAGCGAGCCAAGGCUGAACCGGGAAUCGCACUGUAUGCUAUCCGCGAAAUUAACAAUAGAAUAACACUCAGUCCUCUCGUUUUCCGUAUACAUGGGUUUCCAUUAUUGAACAACCCAACAGUCAUACGCUCCUGCAAUUUCAAGCUUGCCGUGCAAGUGCAGUCCGGUGGUUUUUGCCCAGCAAUUUCUGACGACGAGCACACCGACUGGUGAAGUCUGCUGGAGCCGAGGACGGAUCGCCUGGCGCCGGACCCCUCGUUCCUCAGGACGAUGGUCUUAGACAAGGAGGAGGGUGUGCCGAUGCUCUCUGUCCAGCCCAAAGGGAAACAGAAGGGGUGCGCUGGCUGCAAUCGCAAGAUUAAAGACCGCUACCUGCUCAAGGCCCUGGACAAAUACUGGCACGAGGACUGCCUGAAAUGUGCCUGCUGCGACUGCCGUCUCGGGGAGGUGGGCUCCACCCUCUACACAAAAGCCAACCUCAUCCUCUGUCGCAGAGACUACCUGAGGCUCUUUGGUACGACGGGGAACUGUGCAGCCUGCAGUAAACUCAUCCCAGCCUUUGAAAUGGUGAUGAGAGCCAGAGAUAAUGUUUACCAUUUGGACUGUUUCGCCUGUCAGCUUUGUAACCAGAGGUUUUGCGUGGGAGACAAGUUUUUCCUGAAGAACAACAUGAUUCUGUGUCAGAUGGACUAUGAGGAAGGACAGCUGAACGGGAGUUUCGAGACACAGGUCCAAUAGCCAAGCCGAGUGGCAGUGACAGCGGCAUCUCUCUGUGCCCACACACACACACUUACACACACACUUACACACACACACACACACACACACACACACACACACACAAGCACAUACCCUCAUACUCUGAAGCACUCGUCUACAAACACACACACACACACACACAGUACAAAGAUGCACUUCCACAUUGAGACAUAAACACACACACACACACACACACACACCCUGGCACACAUUAGGUGUCUGGCUGCACUUGGAGAGGAAAGCGUCUGUCUGCUUGCCUGCAAUACUUUUUACAGUAAAACCCGCGGCGGUCCCUAAGGACUCCAUUGUAAAUGUACUUUUUGCCCUCUCCUUCCCCCAACACUGAGCAGUUACGAGUUUUGAUGUACAGUUGUGCCUGCUUAGCUGAGCACUGUAUCGCUUGUAUGUUUUUUGUGAUGUUUGUUUUGGGUUUUUGGUCCUCUCCCGCUUUCGGGUACCAAAAAAAAAAAAUGAAAAUCAAAAGAAAGAAGGAAAAAAACGUGGAGAGUUUGUACAGUCUGUUUUCUGUAUAUAUAAACUGGAACAUUUAUUUUAUGAAAUUGUAAUGCAAUUUUAUUACUAGUGUGAAUUAAAGAUUCUUAAAUGUU